CCCGCACCAGGGUUAACCGCGUCCGUUUUGGAAUCGUCUCCUCUCCCCUGUCUUCCACUUCCUCACGAAGCCUGAGAGCAAAUCAGACGAAACCCUUCUCGCUUCUCGGCUUCGCCUCUCCCAUCUCCAUGGCGCAAGACGAGACCACGGAGUCUUCAUCCUCCUCCGGCUCCUCCUCCUCCGCGGCCGGUCGCCUCAACGCUGCCGCGCCGGAGUUCACCCCCCGAUCCGCCGCCCAGCACCACAGCAACAACCCCCAUCGCCGCGGCCCUCACCAUCAGCAGCACCAGCACUACCAGCCGCGGCACCACCAAGGAGAGGACGAGGGGGAUGCCGCGGCGGCGACGGCGGAGGAUAAGGGGGAGGGGCCUGCGGGCCACGCGCAGCGCGGGCUUCCCGACGAUCUGGCUCGCAAAGUCGUUAAGCAGGUGGAAUUUUACUUCAGUGAUAUCAAUUUGGCAACAACUGAACAUCUGAUGAAGUUUAUCACUAAGGAUCCAGAUGGAUUUGUGCCAAUAUCUGUAGUUGCAUCUUUUAGGAAGAUCCGGGAGAUAGUUUAUGACAGAUCCUUGUUGGCUGCUGCAUUACGCACGUCAUCAGAGCUGGUUGUUUCGGAUGAUGGGAAAAAGGUUGGACGCCUACAGCCAUUCGACGCUGAAGAAGUUCAGUCACGCAUUAUUGUUGCUGAAAAUUUACCUGAAGAUCAAAAGCAUCAGACUCUUAUGAAGAUUUUCUCAGCUGUUGGGAGUGUGAAAUCGAUACGUACUUGCUAUCCACAAGAUGGUGCUGGACCUGCUGCUAGCAAAACAUCAAGGAUUGAGAUGCUUUUUGCUAAUAAGCUGCAUGCUUUUGUGGAGUAUGGGACUGUUGAAGAUGCUGAAAAGGCGGUUGCUGAAUUCAGCAGUGGGAGAAACUGGAGAGAUGGGAUUAGAGUUCGCUCACUGCUUGGUUGCCUGAAACAUGGGUUGGGUCAAGGAAGGAAAGGCGGAGAUGAGGAGUAUGCUGCAGAUGAAGAUGGUCCUGACACUACUGGCCAUCCACAAGACUAUGAAACAGGUGAUACUGCCCAGAUUUUGGAAGCGCAUCUUGAUCAUCAGGCUGACGAUGGCUUCCAUGACAAGGGUGGAAUGAGGCAGGGUAGAGGGCGAGGACGUGGAGGCAGAGGUCGCGGCAGGGGCCAGUAUUACGGCAACAGCCGAGAUGCCCAUCAUCCGAUAGGCACUCCUCCAUCGAGUCACGGUGAGCAUCCAGCUGUGCCAAAGCCGCCCCCAGGUCCCCGCAUGCCGGAUGGCACAAGAGGAUUUACCCUGGGCCGAGGGAAGCCACUCAAUCCUAGCAAUGCUGCCUAGUAGCAGCGUCUAUGCCGGUGGCGGCCUGUUGCCCUGCUCAUCAAUCUCUUGCAAACCGAUUGCAGUGAUCUUUUGCUCAGGUUCUAAACUGAUGACAUUGGGGAUGCUUCGUGGUGCGUUGGUUCAUUUUGAUGUCAGAUUCUGAAAAGAAAAAAAUGAUGUGGCUGGUACUGUGGUACAUGCAUGUAUACUGACACCGGAAGUCUUGAACAUGUGAACCUUUCCUAUGAUAUAUGUAGGUCUUAUAGUAGAAAAAUCAUACUUGACCAAAGGGGUUUAAUCAUUAAAGCAUGUUUGGUUCACAACAA